AUGGGUAGAAGGUACCAUCCUCAAGUAAUUCGAUUUGCAUUGUCAAUCUAUGGUAAAUCACCAUCCGCUUACGGGAAGUUGAGAGACAGUGGUGCUCUUGUACUUCCAAGUGAGAGAGUAUUGAAGGAUUACAAUAAUUAUUUUAAACCUAAAGCAGGAAUCCAUCAAGAAAAUGUGGCAACCCUGAAAGAAAAGGCCUUCUCGUUUUCUCCAACGCAAAGAUAUGUGGUGGUUGUAAUGGAUGAAAUGAAGAUCCAGUCAAACCUUGUGUUCGAUAAAGUGUCUGGAGAACUCAUUGGAUUCAUUGACCUUGGAGACCCAAUGACGACCUUUGCCAAUAUAGAAGAGGAGGAUCCAGUUGCAACACAUGCGUUAGCAUUUCUUGUGAGGGGAUUAUGCACUGACCUCAAAAUGUCAUUGCAUAUUUCUUCACAGGAAAUGAUUCCUUGUUCCAGCUGA